UUACCUGGUGAGGUGAACGGUGCCUCGGUGUCCUCCUAUCUAUCUGUUAAUGGAGACACAGGAGUGAUCCACGCUGUGAGGUCAUUUGAUUAUGAACAGUUCAGGAGUUUUAAAGUCCAAGUGAUGGCCAGAGACAAUGGUUCUCCUCCUCUCAGCAGCAACGUUACUGUCAGUGUGUUCAUAUCUGAUGUGAAUGAUAAUUAUCCUCAGAUCCUGUACCCGGCACCAGAGGGCAGCUCCUUCAUGACUGAGUUAGUCCCUAAAGCUGCACAUGGAGGAUCUCUGGUGUCCAAAGUGAUAGCAGUGGACGCAGACUCUGGACAGAACGCCUGGCUUUCCUACCAUAUAGUCAAAGCCACAGAUCCUGGACUUUUCAGUAUUGAUCUAUACAGUGGAGAGAUCAGGACACAGCGGGACAUUUCAAAGUCUGACAGCAUGAAACAGAACCUGAUUGUUGCAGUGAAAGAUAAUGGACAGCCCUCUCUGUCUGCCACCUGCUCAAUGUAUUUACUUAUUUCUGACAACUUGGCUGAAGUGCCGGAACUGAAAGACAUUUCUUAUGAAGAGAAUAAUUCCAAGCUGACCUCUUAUCUGAUCAUCGCGCUGGUUUCUGUGUCCACCUUCUUUCUGACUUUUAUCAUCAUCAUCCUUGGUGUGAGGUUUUGUCAUAGGAGAAAGCCCAGACUUCUGUUUGAUGGAGCAGUUGCAGUUCCUGGGCCUUAUUUCCCUCCUAAUUAUGCAGACAUUGACACCACUGGGACCUUGCGUAGCACUUCCAAUUACGAUGCCUACCUGACAACAGGAUCCAGAACUAGUGACUUUAAAUUUGUAUCAUCCUACAAUGACUGCACUCUGCUUGCUGACCAGACUCUGAAGAAAAGUCCAACAGAAUUUGCCGUUGUUUUUGGAGAUUGUGACGAUUCUCUAGAGGUAUGAACAUAUUUAAUUUAAAAUAGUGGCAGCCCACCCAUCCUACAAAAACAAUUACUCUUCUUGCUCUUGUUUUCAGUGAUUCACUUGUUUCUCUUGCUCUUGCGUUAUGUCUCAACCUACAUGCUUUUAUGUGUUUGUCCUGUCCUUCUCUGUCCUUGGUGCUGAAACGUCUUAUUUAGAGAUGAUCGCUCUUUGAUAUAUUUUUUUACUUGUGUGGAUGAUUUUUGCAUUGAACAAUCUUGCUUCUUUGUGUGUCAUAUGUGAUCCCAAUUAAUAACAUUUGAACAUUUUGGAAUUGAUAAUAAUAUUAGUAUUUUAUUGCGUAUUCAGUGUCUCAGCAUUAUUAUUACUUUUUUCGAAAUAUAUGUAAUACAUCUACUUCUUUAGCGUAGAUAUAUACAAUGUUGUGGUGAUACAAUAAGUUAUAUGUGGCAGUCUUAAAAUCUCAAUAUUCUUCUUUUAAGCUUUUAAUAUUGAAAUGUUUUAAUUGUGGAUUUUCUGCACCUAAGGCCAAUGCUGAUGUUACUUUUUAGCAGAUGAAAUUUUAUGAGAGCAUCAUGAUUGCUGUUCAAACAACUUUUCAAUUUAGUUUUUCUUAAUAUUUAACUAUAGUGAGACUCAUUGUGUGAAAGACUUUCAAAGCAAUUGCAACAGUGUUCUUAAAAAUAUCCAACUUUUUUAAUGGCAAAGGUAUUCCGUUCUGGAUUUUGU